AUUUAUAUUUGGAUCGAACCAACCAUAAUUCAAUCUAAUUUUAUCAAUCUUGAAUUCAACUGUGGUUCUCCGCACACCCCUAGCCCUAUAAAAAGCCCCCUCCAUGCCAAAACAUAGAAGUACUCAACAAAGCACAUUUGUGCAACCCUCCAAAAAAAAAAAAAAAACACCAAAUCUAAAGAUCACAACUAUGAAGAAAAACCAAAGCACCCAUUCCUUCCUCCUCCUCCUCUUCAUCACCACCACCACCUUCUUCUUCACCUCAACCAUGGCCGCCACAUCUUCCCCCAAGAAAACCCCUCUCACGCCAUGCAAGAAACUCGACCUCUAUUUCCACGACAUCCUCUACGACGGCCACAACGCCGCCAACGCCACCUCCGUCAUCGUCGCCAGCCCCGUCGCCGGCUCCUCCAACUCCGGCACACGCACGUCCCUCUCCCCGAACUUCCACUUCGGCGACAUGAUCAUAUUCGACGACCCCGUCACGCUGGACAAGAACAUCCGCUCCAAGCCCGUGGGCCGGGCCCAAGGCUCGUACAUCUUCGACGCCAAGUCCACGUACUCGGUGUGGCUGGGCUUCGCGUUCGUGCUCAACAGCACGGAUUACAAGGGCAGCAUCACGUUCGCCGGGGCCGAGCCCGUGACGCUGAAGACCCGCGACGUGCCGGUCGUCGGCGGGACGGGGGAUUUCUUCAUGCACCGUGGGAUUGCGACGACGACCGACGAGGUCGUGGACGGGCAUCUUUGUGUUGGGGUUCAUGUCAAGUUUUACGAGUGUUACUAGGUUGAUGGGGAGGUUUUGGGCCGGGCUUGUAGUUUUUAAUGGGCUGAAGAUGGUAAUCCAUGUAUCUGUUGGGCCUAGCUUGCUGUAACAAGAAUCGGAAAUAAGAUCGGAGAGAUGAUUGUUGGUUGUUUAAGCAGUAAGCACUCGGUUAAUAAACUUGUGUUUUGUGGAUCGGUUAAUAAUUAAUUAAUUUUAAAAUUUUGCUCUUAAUUCAUGCCCGAUAAAAUAGAGAAUACAUACACGACACUAAUUCUAGGACUCAAUUUUGUCACUAAAGCAUUGGCGAAUCUAUGUCAUUCAUCAGGAAAAGUUGUAACUUGUAACACAAUAUUCCAAAAUAUUUUUCAAAGGAAAUCAUACAAAUUCUUUUAUUGAAUUCAAAUUAGUAAUUAAGAUAGGAGCCAAUAAACACGGAUCACUUAA